AUGUCGACAGCCGUGACGGGGUCGUCGCCGUUUGGCCUCUCUGUGGACUCCCUGCUGCUCCGCUUUGUGCUGAUCUUACGUCAAUCUCUUCUAGCCAUGUCGAGACGCUUUGUGAACAAGUUCGACCAGGCCGUGACCGCCGCUCUAGGGCCGAACGGCCGAUACAUUGCAAUGGUCGGCAUGAGCGCCUCAGCGGUCCUGCUGACUUUCCACUACAAGUUCCACGAGGUCAUUCAGGCCACAGACAAUGUUGCAGAGAUUCAGAGCCCCUCCAAGCUGUUCUACUUGAGGCUGCUCUUCGGCCGGACGCGGUCGCGGAUUACUGGAUCUGUCAUGAACAUUCAAAUAUGGCCAGCGUUGCGAGACCCCAUUUACCGGGCUUUGGCGACCGUGGGGGGGAUCGACACCGAAGAGAUCCGAUACCCGCUGCACAGCUACAAAUGUAUUGGACACCUCUUCGCUCGCACGCUCAAAGACAGAGAGAGAGAAAUCGAAGACAUCGGGACCCAGUCGCUGGCAAGCCCGGCAGACGGCAUGGUCACGGCUCUCGGCGAUGUGCAGGCAGAGCGCGUUGAGCAGGUCAAAGGGGCAACGUACAGCCUGCGAGCUUUCCUGGGUCUCAUGCCGACUGUCAGCGACCCAGAGAAGAAUACGCUCAAGUUCGUUGUCCUGCACUUGAAGCCGAAGAACUACCACCACUUCCACGCACCCGCCAAGUUCGACGUCAACGUGCUGCGCCACAUGACGGGGGAGACACUCCCUGUUUUCUCAUCUUUUUUGAAGAGAUUCAACGACAUUUUUUCUGUCAACGAGCGUGUAGUCAUGAGCGGCAACUGGAAGUACGGUUGCAUGCACAUGGUCGCCGUUGCUGCUUAUAACGUCGGCAACAUUCGCAUCGACAAAGAACCGGAGCUGCGGACGAAUGAAUUGAGGGUCGUGCUGCGGCAUCUCGGCGGUGACGUCGAAACACGAAGCUACGCUAACCAGCCCUUUGAAUACGCUGUCGGUCAGCACGUGGGCGAGUUCCGUCUGGGUAGCACAGUCGUUCUCGUCUUCGAGGCGCCUCGCGAUUUCGCGUGGGACGUGAAACCAGGAGAUCCAGUGCGCGUCGGCAAAAGGCUGGGCGGAGUCGGCCCUCCGCAGAAAGCUCGAACAGAAGACGAGCGACUUUUUGCGUUUUAUUGA